ACUUACAGUGGCAAAUAGUUCCCAGAUGCCUCCCAACUAAUGAUUGGAUGAUUGAUAAAACAUCAAUUGAACGAAGAGAAGUGAGGCAUUGUCAAUGUACUACGAAUCUGUGACUCUUCUGAAGAACACUGCGGGCUUGGGGAUGGAGCACCCAUACACCGAGAUUGUGAUCUGGAACCAGACACGAGCAAUCCAGCUGGCGAUGACAAAGUCUACCGGCGCCAUGAGACGAGCGGCACAAUUAGCGUUACAGAAGAGAAAUCUCUCACAUUUGUCAAAGCGUGGAGCUUCAGGCCAUUGGGGUGGGGGUGGGCAGGACUCCUCAGAAAACAAAAGCGAAGACCUUGUGGUCAGGUGCCCAUGGGACCGAGAAAAGUUGCAUAAUGGUCCAGAGGCCCUCCUGGGACUGUGGGAUGGUGCCAUUGGAGCUCUUGGUGAAAGUGUGAUUCCUCACCUCCACCCGGCGAUGUUCACAGUGCAGCGGACACAGGAAGACGUUCUCUUAGCGAGUGUUGCUUUCCGUCCUUGGUGCAAAGUGGGUCUUAAGCCACCCCUGAAUGCCAAGCAGAGACGGGAGCUAGAGCGAAAACGUAGAUUAGAAGCGGCCGGACUAACGAGAAACCGCACCCAAGAAAAGAAGAAACCGGGAAGCAGUCGUAAGAAGAAGAAACGUGCGAAAUACAUCUACCCACCAUCGUAUGGGUUGUUUCCCCCAGGAACAAGAACGAAAAGGAAAUAGGGGCAGAGUCCAGAAACUCAGAUAGGUCCCGGAAAGCCCACCUGUGA